CUUGUUACUUGCUUAUGCGACAUCGUUUCUGACUCCAAGGAAUAAUGUCCCACAACAGCACUUUGGAUUUGGACCGAUACAGCACCGCAGAGAGAGACCGUCGCUCCACAAACCGCAGCCAGAACAGGACGCAGGCCAAACGCGGCGAGGUCCUUUGCGACUUCUGCACCACCACGAAGCAGACGGCCGAAAAGUCCUGCUUGGUGUGCCUGGCAUCUUACUGCGAGAUCCACCUCCAGUCUCACUACGACUACCCGGCGCUGAUGAAGCACAAACUGGUCAAAGCUACUGGCCAGAUGAGGGAGAAGAUCUGCGCUCAGCACGACAAGUUGCUGGAGGCCUUUUGUCGUACAGACCAGACGUCUGUGUGCGUCCUGUGUAUGAUGGAUGAGCACAAGCACCAUGACAUCGUCCCGGCUGGAACUGAAAGGACUGAGAAACAAAAACAACUUGGCACCACGCUGCACAAAUCCCAGCAGAGGAUUGACGAGAGGGUCAAAAAGUGGCAGGAUCUCAGACAAGCAGCGGAAGCUGUCAAACACUCAGCUGACUCAGUCCUGGAGGAGAACGAGCGGAUCUUCACGGAGCUUCUCCUCUCCUUUGAGAGGAAGUACAACGAAGUCAAGGAGAUGGUCCGCUUGCACGAGAGAACCACCGUGAACCGCGGGGAAAUUCUCCUGAACCGCUUGGAGGAAGAGAUCACGCUGCUGAGGAAGAGACACACCGACUUGGAGAAGCUGUCGCACACCGACGACCACAUACACUUUCUGCAGAGUUGGCAGUCCCUAUCUGGUCCUUCGGGCUACGAGGACCUGAACAACGUCAGCAUUGCUCCCAAUUACUCCUUCGAGGCCACAAAGAGAGCCAUCGCGGCCCUGAAGUUACAAGUGGAGGAAAUCAGCAAGAGAGAAACGACUAAAAUCUCUGCAGCAGUGAAAGAAGUCUACAUCACAGAAGAAAGUGACAAAAAAUUAAAGAGGGAAUCGUUGUUUGUAACCGAGUCAAGGAUGAUGGAAGAACCCAAGACCAGAGAAGAUUUCAUGAGAUAUUCUUGCCAGCCGAUUCUGGAUGUCAACACUGUGCACCGCAACCUUCACCUCUUCGAGGGCAACCGGACCGCCACAAUGAAGAGUGUGCCAAAGAAUUACCCUGACCACCCGGAACGAUUUGACCACUGGCAGCAGGUGCUUUGCAAAGAGGGCCUGGCCGGGAGUCGCUACUACUGGGAGGUGGGCUGGAAGGGAUCGGAGAUCGAUGUGGCCAUCACCUAUCGGGGAAUUUUCCGAAAAGGAAACAACAACGUGUGCAGUCUAGGUUGGAAUGACAAAUCCUGGAGCCUCUACUGCUCACAGUCCAAGUUCUCCUUUGUGCACAACAACAAGAACACAGACCUACCUGUCCGCAAGUCGUCUCGCAUUGGCGUCUACUUGGAUCAUGUGGCGGGGGUGCUGGCGUUUUACACGGUAUCUGAUACCAUGCAGCUUCUGUACCAGGUCCGCACUACUUUUACUGAAGCGGUGUACCCAGCUUUCAGUGUGUGGGGGUACGGUACCAGCAUUAGACUAUAGGAGAGCAGAAUUAAUGUGAGUGCCAUUUAAAAAGCGUGUCUUUGGUGUUUUCAAAAUGACGAACACAGCAAAGCAUACACGUAACCAUAUCGCCAACAAGUGCGAGUCUCCACCCCAAACCAGAAGUCUGGCAUAUAUGGCUGACAUGUAAGAGGCAGCACACCCCACACACCCGGGGAUCAUCAUUCAGGAUCAUCAUUCGAAACCCCUGAGAAUCGGGCCUUUUGUUGACUGACUGAAAGGGAAAGGAAAUGCUCAAAUUCGUCCCAGUUGUUGUGUGUACCCCAUUGAAUUUGAUCAUCAAUUUUUGGUUGACAGAUAAAGUUUACACUAUUAUAUGAGCGACAUCAACAUGCUGAUGUCAUUUCUUCUCCAAAAAAAAAAAAAAAGCGUAUGGGUUUUGAUGUGUCAUAUUCCGUCACACCGAGCAGGUUUUGCUCUUUGAAUUUGUGAAAUGGACUGCGACCUUUAAUAAAUAUCAUGAAAACUCACACGUCUUCAAAUGUGGAAAUAGGAUACAUGCCGGCAAUGCAUUUGUCUAAACCCAAGCAAGUAUAAGAACAUGCAGGGAGGCCUGUGCUAAUGAUAAGCAAAACUUCCAUCCAUCUAUCCAUCCAUCCAUCCAUCCAUCCAUCCAGGGGCUAAUGUGCUUUGUAACGUUGUUAUGUAAAUAUAAUGUAAAUAUUGGCAAUACAGUCAGUAUUAAUAUAUUCGAUGAAUAGAUUUUUAAAUUCAAAUAUUUGCAGACUUUAUGUUGCGUAUAAUAGAGACAUGGUUUUUUUUGUAUUAUAUUGAUAUGGAAUUUGUUGAAUGUAUUCAUGAUCAACGUGGAUGGACUCCUGGCCACGAAGGGUUCUGUAUAAAGUGAAGAUAAUACAUUAAAGCUCAGGGGGGCAGCAGAAACACA